AUGGAGGCAUUUUUGCAGUCUCCGCGCUCUGAGAUGCUGAUCACUUGCCUCCUCUGCGUCAACGUCUUGUGGAUGGCCUUCGAACUGCAGGUAGAGGGCUCCAUCGUCGGCACGGAGUUGGGCCUGUACCCCGCGUCCGAUGAAGAAUGGUUUCCUACCCGCGCCAUCUACUUCCGUGCCGGCGACGUCUUCUUCACAUCCUUGUUUUGCUUGGACGUGGUGGUGCGCGUCAGCGUUAUGAGAGCCAAGUUCUUCAAGACCUGCAUGAACUACUUGGAUAUGCUGGUGUCCUUUGCAUCGCUAACAGAGUUGGUCGCGAUCGCCUUUGUGCUUCCGGUGAAUCCUCUACUCUUCCGCUUGAUUCGCCUCGGUAAGCUCGCAAGGGCCCUUCGAAUGGUGACGAUUUCUCAAGUCCUCUCAUCCCUGCAGCUCCUGACGAAAUGUUUAGCCGCGAGUAUCGACAUGCUCUUCUGGACCUUCUGCUUGCUGACGUUCUUGCAGUGCGUGGCAGGAAUGGUCAUCAGCACCCUCUGCCGUGAGUUCCUGAACGACCCCGCGAACGACUUGGCCGUGCGUCAGGAGGUUUUCCGGUACUACGGCACCUUCACGCGAUGUUUCCUCACGAUGUUUGAGAUCUUAUUUGCCAACUGGUCUCCGCCCUGCAGGGUGCUCGUCGAGAAUGUGAGCGAGUGGCUUUCCGUGUUUUUCCUGAUCUACCGGUGCGUCCUGGGCUUUGCUGUUCUGAAUGUGGUCAACUCCGUCUUUGUUCAGCAAACGAUGCGGACGGCAAGCUCCGACGAGGAGCUGGCGUUCAAGCAGAAGGAGAAGGAUAUCGCUCAGUAUGCCCGCAAGGUCGCGAAGCUAUUUGCACACAUGGACGACUCCGGUGACGGCGCUAUCAACUUUGAGGAGUUCUCAAAACUGGUCACCUCCCCGAAGCUCAAGUUCUGGAUGAGCCAGCUCGAGCUGGAGUACCAUGACCUGCUGAGCCUCUUCGAGUUCCUUGAUAAUGGAGAUGGCCAGAUCACCUUACAAGAGUUCAUCGAAGGGGCUGCCAGGCUACGUGGCAGCGCAAAAGCUUUGGAUGUCUGGAGACUGGAGACCAAGGUGGAAGUGCUGUUCGACGAGAUGCUGCAGAAGAUCCGAAGGGAGUCCUUUACCGAAGACACCGUGAACGUGCAGAAUGUCUUUGAGAAGUCACAGUUUAAGCAUAUCCGGAGGACCUGGCAGUACGGCUCCUCGCCCCAGGAUGCUCCGAGUCCCGCCUUCGCAGGAUCGCCAGUGAUGGGAGAGGGGAGUAAGACGGGCAGCAACGGCAGGCUUACUGUCGGCUGA